CAACAGGCAAGCUCAGCCAACGGGAAAAAUGGCUACACCAAUACGAAAACGGAAGCGGGAGAUUCAAGAUGUCGAAUCUACGGAAACACGGUUUUGUGUGGAAACUCCAUUUAUAACGAAACUUACCAAGAGACGAAGAAAAACCAUGCAUCCACCACUCCAAACGGAGCUGCUUGAUAAGGAGAACAUGCGCCUUGGUACCGAAUCUCAGGGCCAGGACUUCACACCUUGGAAGCCACCGUCAGGAUUAAAUAAGCCAGAUUUUACCCCACAGCCUCUCAAGCGUAAUGCCACCCUCCGAGGCACACUUCGUCGACGGGUUUCGAUGAGUGUGAUGAAAAAGAAGAUGAGAAGGUUUCAGGAUUAUUCUCUAAUGGACUCCAACUUCCAGUACCUAGAAAGUCUGGGCAGGGGAUCGAACCGUAUCUGUCAUACUGCUUCAACAACAAUCUUCAAGGACACUGAUCUUCAGCAGAAGAUCGACCAUGAGGUUAAGAUGCGAGAGGGGACAGCCAAACUGCUGGCUGCGACCAAACACCCCGCCCAGAUGUUGGAGGCCUCCCGAAACCUUCUUACAUCUAACACUAGAAUCAUUGCCUACAUGACAGAGCUUCAGAAACGAAAAACCGCUGAGGUCCUCGGCAAAAACAUGUCUAUGGAUGGUAACCAAGUGCCAUGCAAGUCGAGUCUUUGUGUGUCAGACAUCAGGAUACCGUUGAUGUGGAAGGAUACUGAUCACUUCAAAAACAAGGGAGAUUAUCGUCGCUUUGCAGUAUUUUGUUUGUUGCGAAUCGGCACCGACUUGUAUGAUACAUCACUCAUCAGUAACGUGGACAGGAGUAUGACUGACCUCUCUUUUGAUGAUGCCAUCAGUUUUGGUAACGUUCCUCACAACUUUGAGUGUAAAUUAGAAGUGUAUUGUCACAAACUCCAUGAAGAUCUCACCAUAGCCAGUACACCAAAGAAACUCCGCAAAAAAAUCAACGAUAUUUCCGGAUCUGUGGGGCGAAGCGUUGGCAAGCGAUUGUCAGGACUGAAUGAUGCUGAUAUCAUAGGGAACAUGGUUCUGGGGCCGAGGUUUGAGUUGGUCGCGGAAGGAACGAUGGAACUGAAGGAUGUGGAUGAUUCUGUGAGGACGUUUGACCUCCAGUUAGUGUCAACAAAUCAAGCUUCAGAGUCUGGAUGUGAAAUUCCGUUGUUUGGGCAUUACUGUUGUCGACUGGCCGCUCAGCCCGAUUGUCUCAUGUCACCAGAAGUCACUGGCUAUCUCAACAUACAGGAGGACGAUGAUCUAGCUAAGUGGCGACGGUAUUGGUGUAUUCUUAAAAACCUACAGCUGUCCUGUUGGUUGUCUCCUAGUGACACGGAGGUCACUGAUCCGCAGGUCACUGUACCUGUCACAAAGAAUACUCAGAUAAGUGAUGCUGAUCCCAGAACGAGUGAGCGGUCGCACACAUUCCACAUAAAGACUGUCCAGCGACGGGGGACGUUUCAGCACACCCUGGCAGCUGAUUCUGCCGAGGACCUCAGUAAAUGGUGGGACGGUUUACAGCAGCAUCUCCUCGACCAAGCACUGAAGAAGGCUUCCCCCAGAAAGAAGCCCGCCUUCCUCAGAAAAGGUUCCCUUUACGAGGACACCCCAAUAGAAGAAACGACUCCUGCCAAGACAACUCAUGUAAUUCGGGACUUGGGGAUGGAGGACGAUCAACUCAGCAAAAUGUUACACACACUCAUGGGCGAGGCCAAACAGAUCAGGGGAGACGACUCUCGAAAAUCAUCGUCAGCCAGUGUUAGCUAGUUGUGGCUAAACUUUAUCAUCAUAACAUUUCAAAAGUGCUAUCAGAUGGGAAAACCUAGAUUUCCAGAGUCCGAACUCUGUGUUUUACAUGUAGGUAGAAUAAAGUCACUGGAAGUAUAUAGCCUUGGACUAGAAUCACCUUAACGUGUCACAUUGGAACAGCUCAAUCAUGCAAAUAUUUAUAUGGAGUAACAUGGACCCUGUGAGAUACCAAGAAGGAAAAAUUAUGGUAUCCAAUUAUGUGUACAAUACAUCUAUAUGUCCCCCAGGGAUCUAGAUACACAUACAUGUACCAUACGUAUAUAUGCCCCCCAGGGAUCUAGACAACACAUACAUGUACCAUACAUCUAGAUGUCCCCCAGGGAUCUAGAUACACAUACAUGUACCAUACAUCUGUAUGUCCCCCAGGGAUCUAGACAUACAUACAUGUACCAUACAUCUAGAUGUCCCCCAGGGAUCUAGAUACACAUACAUGUACCAUACAUCUGUAUGUCCCCCCCAGGGAUCUAGACAACACAUACAUGUACCAUACAUCUAUAUGUCCCCCAGGGAUCUAGACAUACAUACAUGUACCAUACAUCUAGAUGUCCCCCAGGGAUCUAGACAUACAUACAUGUACCAUACAUCUGUAUGUCCCCCCAGGGAUCUAGACAACACAUACAUGUACCAUACAUCUAGAUGUCCCCCAGGGAUCUAGACAACACAUACAUGUACCAUACAUCCCCCCAGGGAUCUAGACAACACAUACAUGUACCAUACAUCUUUAUGUCCCCCCAGGGACCUAGACAACACAUACAUGUACAUUACAUCUACUUGGUAUAUGUAAAUAAUCCCCUGGGGAAGAAGGUGUAUGUUUUACCCCACUUGUAUGUGUAGUUAGACAUCGUAUAUUGUGUUAUGAUGUUUUGUUGUGAGGUUGUUAUGACAACCCAUGUGAUAGUUUGUAUGGUGAUGUUAAUAAGUGUCUGUCAUUUCCCACCCUGAAGCAGCAUUGUAAGUGUCUUACCAGCCAAACCUCUAAAGAUGUCCAAAGAUUUUAAGUUUCAAAUUUUACAAACUACUCAGCAUUUCUAAAAGCUCUUUUGCUUUCGACUAAUUUUAUAUUUUUGGUAUUCUGAUAUCAGUACAUUUUGAAUACCUGUAUUCUAAUUAUUUUAUGUUAGAAAAAAUAACAUUAGUGUUGUUAUUUGUAUUUAGAUUCUGAUACAUCUUAAUUGUACAUUCUUAUUGUAGUAGAUAUUAUUUGUUUUACACAUAUAAUAACAGUACCGUGGUGAUUUUAACAUAAAAUUUUUAUGAUGGCUGUUCUGAGGGAAAUCGGUUGAUACAUGUACAUAUAUGGAUGCUUACUGACAUGAUGAGUGCAAUAUGGGAGUACUAUGAACUUCAAACUGCCAUGAAUUGCCAAAUAAUUUUUGUCAGCUGUCUGCCGAUUUAAAUUGUCCCUCAAAAGACUAAUGGGAUCACUGGGAUUCUCAGAAAUGGGUUCCACUUUGAUAAAUCUGGCUAUGAUAGAUGAGGGAAAUAUGUAUUUAUGGCAGUAAUGAAAACAGAACUCAAUUAUGAAUAUGUUCUUGUGUAACACAUGAUAGUACUAUUAUAUAUGUAAUAAAACCUCACUUGUGUGUCCACAUUCUGAUUUAGUGUUUCUCUACACAAAUACUCAGUUCACAUCUUAAAUGAUGAAUGAUCGAAAAAAAAAAUCACCCAUGGACAUGAUGGUAUUGGUCAUUCCAUUUAUGAAUGCUUAAGUUGUAAAUGAUAUUAAAAAUCAACCCAUUCAUGAAAGAAAAAUCAAGUCUGUAAAAAUUUACACAGUAAUUAAGAAAUUUAAAAAAAAAAAGAAGAUUUAUCAGAUAUUAAAAAAUUCAAAAAAUAAUACAUAGUCAUAUAUUUUAUCUGUUGUUGACAUAUACUCGGAGAUGGUCUAGUGCUGACAGAGAGGAUGGAUGUAUUUAUUUACUUUUACCAAAGUUUAUGUCUACUGUAUUAUUUGUCUUGAUUUUUUUAUAAGGAUGUUGAUAUGUUGAGUUUGAUCUUUCAUCAACGGUACAUAAGCAUAUACAGUGUAGAGGGAAAAUGUCUCGUUCUUAUGUUUUACUCGGACAGCUCAAACUCAUAUGGAACUUCAUGUUCCCAGCCUUUGACAUAUAGCAGCAACUGAAGUUUACCAACUGAGUUGAAAGUAAAGUUUGAAAUAAGUAAUUAUUAUUAAAGGAAGGAGAAAUAUUUGAGGAGGAAACUCAGUCCCACAAUCGUGAGCUGUGACUUUUGAUAAAUAUUAUAGGGUGUGUUUUUAACAGGCAAGAUUUUUUAGGGUAACAUUAUGUAAAGUUGAUUACAAAACAUGACUCAUAUUCUCUGUAACGUUGAAGACAGAAUCAAUGAUAGCUGAUAUGUCGCUAGUUUGUUCUUUCCUUUGGGAAGGAAUGACAAGAGACAUAAUACAUCCUUAGGAAUAUGAUUAAUGUGGGGAAAAAAAAAAAUUGACAGCAUUUGAACUCAAUAUAUUGUGAACAACUACAUGUAGUUUGAAAUAUUUUUUUCAUAAGAAUAUAUUGUAUUCAAUAUACCUACAACUAAGCCUUUCUUGUUCACUGUGCUUACCCUCUCUGGAAAAUUUCAAUGGGGUGUAAUGAAUAUUUAUUGUAGUAGCCCAAACACCUUCCUACAGAUGUUGUAGGGAUAUCCGUUGACAAGGUAUUAUAAUGAUCUGUAACUGGUGAUGUGGUUAGCUUUACAUAAUGUAUGUGUAAUAGUUAGCUUGCUGUUUUAAUGCAAGUUUACCUUCUUAACUCCAGUUCUCCGAACACGACAAAACCACUUAUAGACAUCUAUACACUUCAAUAUUUAUAAGACGUGAUUUAAAGUGUGUCCUUGAAUUAAUGUUUGUGACAUACAUACCUACAUAAAGGUCACUCCUAACAUAUUUUUGUUUGAUCAUACCCUGGCUUUAUCAGUUGAAUAGCUUUUAAAUGAUUGAUGUAUUUUUUUUUUAUUUAUGUAAUUUUUUUAUUUUUAUUUUUUUUUGUCGGAUACUAUGGUCUUGUAGUGAUAACUGUCAAAGAAAUUUGUUCGUUUUAUUAAAUUCAAUUUUGUUUUUUACCUUGAUUUAUUUUAUACAAUUGAUUUACAAAGAAUUAUGGGACCACCACAUGUUUGAUAUUAUAUCACAAGAAACUGUGUUGUACAUACUCACAGUAGAGAGUCCCACAGCUGUCUGAUGUACACAGGUAUGGACUAGUUUUCCUGUUUUGAUGUUCCGGUACAAUGACUAUUACAGGUUGUAUCCCUCUGACAUUUUAAAGUAAUUGAACACUACAGGUGCUAUGACCUGUAGAGGAACAUAUACAUUCCUUGAUUUAUAAUCAAGAUGUCUGGGGAUCAAAUCUACAUAGCUAAUAAUCUUUUACUUUGAUAAAUAUGACUUCAAAAAUCGAAAAAUGCCACACAAAUUAAAUUGGAACUCUUUAGUUUGAGGAGGUAGAAUUCAGUGCUGAGACUCUCUACCUUAAUACAUGUAUAAUAAAUCACAAACACCAAUCAUAUACAUAUAAAGUUAAGUGUUGUUAAUGUUCUUAAAUACUUCCAUUGUUUUGCAUGUUACUGGUAAAUGUAGCAUGACCGCAACGAAUCUUCAUUUGAAUUAUAUGAUUAGGUUUGUAUUUGUGUACUUGUAGGUGUGAUGGUAUGACCAAAUAUAUGUGUGAGCUGUAUAUAUACAUAUGUGUGUAUGAAUGUUUGUGUGAGGUUGUAUAUUAGCCAGAAUGGUUUUUGUUUUUGAAAUAAUUACUUAAGUUAAAAACCCUGAAAACGCUGUCUCAUAAUUUCAUAUAUUAUUUUUGUCAUUUUUCUUUGCUUCAGAUAUUCUUUCUUCUAUACUUUACACUGUAUACACAUGUAAACUUGAACCCUAAGGUACAGCUACCUGCAUAUAUAUUAAAUAGCCAUUAAUGUCAUUGAACACCCAAUUAAGGAAUAAAUAUUGAUGCCAUUGAAAAACUCUUUAACAACUUAAUGUCAUUAAAAACACACUCAACAAUGUCCUUAACUUAAUUGAUGUCAUUAAAAACCCAUUCAACGAUGUUCUUAACUUAGCAUUCAAUUUGUGAUAAAGGUUUCAUAUGGCCGAUAUUAUUAAAAUUUCUUAUAUCAUGCAACCUACCAAAUCUGUGCCCUUAGGCGAUUAACCUUUCUUGAAGUCUGUGAACUGACCCAGGUAACCCCUGCAUGAUUUCUGUGCAGUUCAAACAGACAAAUUGAAAUGGAUCUCUGAUAUAUAAUCUUCAUAGUGGGGUUUUAAAAAUGUGUCUUUUUAUUUUUGUAUAGAGAAUUCCAGUAAAAAGUAAUUAAGGUUGAUAAAUAUCCUGUUGUAAUUUAUUAUGCUCAGUUUGGAUGUAGAUUUGACAGGUGCUCUUCCUAAAUCUGAAAACACUUUUCUUAGAUUUAUAACACUUUUAUGAUCACUAAUAUGUAUUGGUGUAUUUUGACUCCCAAGACAACGUAAGGUAUUAUGACAUGUGCUCUACUAAAUCUUAACAUUUCUAAAGAUUUAUAGCACAUUUGUAAAUCAAGGGGUUUUGGUGUAUAAAUGCAUUACUUCAGACAGUUCCCGGAUUACACUGAGAGAGUUCUGUUUUAACAACAGGUCGGUAUAUGUGUAUUAAUUAAAUACCUAGACUUUUACAAUAGCAUCAAUGAUAAACCUACAUUAAUGGAUAAAGAGAUAAACCCACUUUGAUGGGUCAAGACAUACUUAGUACAUCGUAUGUAUCCUUUGUUGUGUCCAGUUGCCAGGUAACUAAGCAUUAUAUAUGUGUACAUGUAUAUUCUGUUCCAUAUAGACUUUGAUAUUUUUGCCACUCAGUCCUAUGUUACAUUGAUAUUUUUUUUAAUUUUUUUUUGAUCUCCUGAAAUCAUAGCUGGCUUCCUAUGAAACUGUUUUGUUUAUUUAUGUGAUUAAGAAAUCAUAUUCUGACCGUGAUAUCACCUUGAUGGAAAACCACGUGGUCUGUAUACCCAAUCACCUGUCAGCAAACUUCAUUAAAACAUCAAAUUGUCAA